CUCGUGACACGCUCCCGCAGGAAGGAGCGAGCGGCCGCCUCAGCCAAUCAGAUCGGCGGAUAACGCUCCGACAACAAACAAAAGAUCGCGGCUAGCUGAGCUCAUUAUGCUUCACCCGAUCCGUCUGCGCUAACGUCACUACUUACUUUGCUCGCAACGACGACUUACCGGCCUGCUCUUUUUAACGGGUUUCUCCGUGUCCUGCGUGGCAGGUGGGUCCUCCUCUGAACGUGUCUAUUCGUGACUUUGCGUCGGCGAAUGUCAACUUGAACCCGAUCGCGUUUGCCUUUUCGCUCGCUCAAGCUAAGCGCGUUAGCCAGGUUAGCUCCUCGGCUAACCAGCUCUGGCUGCCUCGCUACGUACAGCGAAGCCCGCUAGCUUAGCCCGCUAGCUGUCUUUGCUAACCCACCCAUUUUUUUUCUUCUAUUUAAAAAAAAAAACUUGACACUGACGGAAACAGGUGUCUCUGGCUUGUUGCUAACAAGCCAAUUCUUCCCCAAACUCGCGUCGUAGCCAUGUCCGGACAGUCGUCGGGCUGCGGGUUCCUGAUGUCGGUUGUCGUCCACGGAGACUCCGCUCUGAACGAACAGGAAAAGGAGCUCAACCAGCGGCUCCGACGGCUCUACCCGGCCGUUAACGAAACCGAGACCCCGCUCCCGAGAUCCUGGAGCCCGAAGGACAAGUUCAGCUAUAUUGGGCUGUCUCAGAACAACCUCCGCGUCCACUACAAAGGUCACGGCAAAACCCCAAAAGAUGCGGCGUCUGUUCGGGCCACCCACCCCAUCCCGGCUGCCUGCGGCGUCUAUUACUUCGAGGUGAAGAUCAUCAGCAAAGGCCGAGACGGGUACAUGGGCAUCGGCCUCUCUGCUCAGGGCGUGAACAUGAACAGACUCCCCGGUUGGGACAAGCACUCGUAUGGUUACCACGGAGACGACGGUCACUCCUUCUGCUCGUCCGGCACCGGGCAGCCCUACGGACCCACGUUCACCACGGGCGACGUGAUCGGCUGCUGCGUCAACCUCAUCAACAACACCUGCUUCUACACCAAGAACGGCCACAGCCUGGGCAUCGCCUUCACAGACCUCCCCCCCAACUUGUACCCGACCGUCGGCCUUCAGACUCCAGGCGAGGUGGUUGACGCCAACUUCGGCCAGCACCCCUUCGUGUUCGACAUCGAGGACUACAUGCGCGAGUGGAGGACGAAGAUCCAGGCCCAGAUCGACCGCUGCCCCAUCGGGGAGCGGGAGGGCGAGUGGCAGUCCAUGAUCCAGAAGAUGGUGGCGUCCUACCUGGUGCACCACAGCUACUGUGCCACGGCGGAAGCAUUCGCCAAAUCCACAGACCAGGCCGUGCACGAGGAGCUGGCCUCCAUCAAAAACCGACAGAAGAUCCAGAAGCUGGUGUUGUCGGGUAGGAUGGGCGAGGCCAUCGAGACUACCCAGCAGCUCUACCCCAACCUCCUGGAGAGGAACCCAGACCUGCUCUUCAUGCUCAAGGUGAGACAGUUCAUCGAGAUGGUGAACGGGACGGACAGCGAGGUGAGGUGUCUGGGAGGUCGCAGCCCAAAGUCUCAGGACAGUUACCCCGGCUCCCCCCGGCCCUUCAGCAGCCCCAGCCACAAAGCCAGCAGCUCCCAGCCUCACCCCCCAGGGUUUGACAGUAAUUGCUGUAAUGGUGUGACGUCUAAUAAGAGCCACAGCUCCUCCCCUCACAGUCACAAGCCCUGCCCCCCAACAUCCGGCUCCGCCCCGCCGGCGUCUGACGUCAGCCUCAACGGGAGCCACAGUCAACAGCCCAUAACCAGCGACGUGGAUAUGGAGGUCGACCACUUCACCAACGGAGUCACGGAGUCGUCCUCCAACGGCUUCCUCAACGGCAGUUCCAAACACGCCGCCGAGCCCGAGGACUGCGACGCCGACAUGGAGGUCGAGUCCACUCAGUCCAAGAGGCAGCUGUGCGGCGGCAGCCAGGCGGCCAUCGAGAGGAUGAUCCAUUUCGGCAGGGAGCUCCAGAGCAUGAGCGAACACCUCCGCCGCGAGUGUGGCAAGAACUCUGCUAACAAGAAGAUGCUGAAGGACGCCUUCAGCCUGCUGGCCUACUCGGACCCCUGGAGCAGCCCGGUGGGCUACCAGCUGGACGCCAUUCAAAGGGAGCCCGUCUGCUCCACUCUCAACAGUGCAAUAUUAGAGACCCACAACCUGCCCAAGCAGCCCCCCCUGGCCCAGGCCGUGGGUCAGGCCGCCCAGUGCCUCGCCAUCAUGGCUCGAACUGGCAGCGGCUCCUGCGCCUUCGCCUCCGUGGACGAUUACCUGCACUAACCCGGUGUGUGUGUCCACACCUUCUCAGGACCUGUCCAGAAAUGUGUCUCCUUCCACCUCCUCCAGCCGUGUGCCCCCGUCCUCUGAAGGGGCCACAACAGGAAGUAGAUUGUUGAACCAGCUCACGCGCUGAGGAUCCCGACUCACUUCUGGGCAGAUCUUUAGAUUGAAAUGAACACACGCCACAUGAUUAAAAAAAAAA